AGAACAAAACAAAAAACGCAGGCGCGCGUACGCACACGCACGCACCGGGCUGCUCCACCCUUGCAACAGCUGUGCUGCUGAAGUAGGUGUGGCUCCUCUUACCUGCUGCUGCUAACGCAAUAAGAAGAGCAACAACAAGUGGAGAGGAGGGUGAUGGCACAGGAGGCGAGGGCCAAGAUGAAGAGGGUGACGUGCACAGCGCCGGUGAACAUCGCUGUCAUUAAGUAUUGGGGAAAGAGAGAUGAGAAGCUAAUUUUGCCUUUAAAUGACUCCAUCAGUUUCACCUUGAGUCAAGAUGAAAUGUGUGCAAAGACAUCAAUUGCAAUUUCUCCGCAUUUCACAGAGGAUAAAUUUUGGCUAAAUGGCAAGGAGGAGUCACUAGAAAAUCCAAGAAUACAAAAUUGUCUGAAAGAGAUUCGUCGUAGAGCUUCAAAACGAAAAUUGGAAGGGUCUACUGAAGACAUAUUAAACUGGCAUAUUCACAUAUGUUCAGCAAACAAUUUCCCCACUGCUGCUGGUCUGGCCUCCUCUGCUGCUGGGUAUGCAUGUCUGGUGUAUGCCCUUGGACAAGUUUAUGGUGUUGAAGGCGACUUGUCAUCAGUUGCUCGUCAAGGAUCUGGCAGUGCUUGCCGAAGUAUUUAUGGAGGCCUUGUGAGGUGGUACAAAGGAGAACUGGAUGAUGGCAGUGACUCCAUAGCGCAACCUAUUGCUCCAAAAGAUCAUUUUCCCAAUUUAAGAGUCAUUAUUUGUGUGGUCAGUUCUGGUCGUAAGAAGAUAGGUAGCACGGAUGGAAUGAGACAGACAGUUCUGACUUCAAAAUUAAUGCAGUAUCGCUUCACACAAUCUGUUGUGUCACGAAUGGAGUCCAUCCUAGAGGCAAUUGAAAAGAAGAAUUGGUCUGAUUUUUGUGAUUUCACUAUUGCUGAUAGCAAUGAAAUGCAUGCAGUUUGUCAGGACACUUUUCCUCCAUGUGUGUACAUGACAGACACUUCCCACACGCUGGCUAGCCUUGUUCAUCAGUACAAUGAUGUGAAAAUUUCUCAAGGCGACAUCAACCAUAAGGUGUGCUACACAUUUGAUGCUGGUCCAAAUGCUUGUUUGUUCGUCCCUGGAGCUGUUGUGGAUGAGGUCCUGGCACUGUUGCUUCGUGCCUUCCCGCCGUGUUCGUCACAAAAGUCUGAUGAAUAUGUCAAAGGCCUCUCGGCCCAUCCAGCUACUCUAUCUAAGGAGCUGAUGUCCUUGGUAACAGAUGAGACUGAGGCGGGAAAACUAAAAUACUUGAUUCACACCAAGGUAGGUGAUGGACCAAGGGUAAUUUCUGAUACUGAUUCAAGUCUUCUGGAUGAGACAACAGGUAUGCCCAAGCCAGCUGGUGGGGAGGCAUAGGGCUUAAUAAAUGAAAGUCAAAUAUGGAGUCCAUGCAGAAGGAUGCUGUCUGAGUAUCUGCAGAAGUUCUUGGUUGUUUCAGCAUGUCUAAAAGCAUGUAGACCCAAGGAUAAAUACAUUAUUUAAAGAAAACAUCAAACCCUCUUUAAUAAUAUGUAUAAUAUUUGUUUAAUUUGGAAUAAAUAAAACCAUAAGAUGAUGUAUGAUAUACUGACUGUUUAAUCAAUGAAGUCACAUAAUGCCAGUUUUUAUCACCUAAGUAUUCAAGACAGUGAAAUAGACAUUCAAGGAUAGCAGUUUUUUAAGAGAUUAGUUAAUGUGCAGUAUUUCUGAAUCUCAAAAUGGCAGCUAAUUAUUUUAUGUAAGUCUGGGAAAUGGGUAUAUGUAUAUCAAAAAGGAAAUAUGUGCAAGAUGUGGUAUGAGUGAGAGAAUGUAAUGUGGAGGGGUAUGAUCAAAUCUUACAUGAGACAGUUCAACAAAGUUUAUUUUCCAAUAGUCAGGGGCUGCCAUAAAUAUUAUUUGGUUAGGCUAUGUUGGGCUUGGUUGGGUUUGGUUGGGUAAGUUUUAAAAUUCAUUAACGAACUGUCUUGUAUACGAUGUGACUCAUAUUCAGUUGGAGUCUGUGAAGCACAAUACACUGAAGUGCUGUUUACGUGAUAAUAGGAUACCAGAGAAUUGUUUAACCCAAGUGAAAUAAAGGAAUAAUCAUAUAGUAGAGGCAGACAACCAGUAUCCUGCAAUGGAAGUAUUAAACAUUAUAUGAAAGGAAGGGUGGGGAAGAAGUUGGGGAGCUUUGAAGAGUGAAAUGUUUGUGUGGUGAUAUCCCCCUUGGAUAAAUUUCUGCUGUGGCCACCCCUUAGGGGGAGGAUUCCUAUGAAGAAGAGUAGCAUUGGACUAUAGGUAGAAUAUUUUGUUGCAAUCAGCCAUAUGCAUUAAAUACUGUAUCUAUUAUUUACAAAAUUGAAUUAAUGCAUUUAUGAUAGAACUUGGCAAGUGUUUUGACUAAUAUGGUGAGCUUGUAUGAUAUUUAUCUGCUAUAACUACACAAAAAUUGGUCUGCAUAAUACAAAAUUAACGUGGGCCUACUGUACUUAAUUGAUAAAUAAUUUUAAAUUAACCUAACCUUACCUACUUCUGGAUAGGUUAAGGUAUAAUAAUAAUUGGUCUCAUCAAUUUAGGUAAGUUUGAUUGUUAAGUUUGUAUUAUUAUACAUUUUUAGUGUACUAAUACACUAGUGUUUGGUUGCUAAGUUUGUAUUAGUAUACAGUAUUAGUGUGUAUGACAUGUACAGUAUACUAUGUCAGAAACAAAAAGUCUGGGACUAAUCUAGUUCUCUCUAAUUAGUGUUCAUUUGGUCACCCAACUAGUUACUGGUCACACUUAACCUGACUCUCAAACAUGUACGUCAUCCAUAAGCAUAGAGUGUAUAAUAUACAGUUCGGUAACAGGGUUGUUAAUUUGAUAAAAAUACAAAUAGGAUUCCUUUAUUAAUUCAAGCAAAGGUUAGACAUAUACUGUACAUGAAUGAGUUUGGGUGGAUAGGAGCUGCCUCGUAUGGGCCAAUGGGCCUUCAUUCUUAUGUUCUUAUGUAAGUGAUGUAUACCGAGUGAAAGGUGUGCUUCAAUCCACAGGACAUGUUGCUUGAAAUAAAAUUAAUUUGUAAUACAAAAAUGAUCUUUAACAGGUGCCUGCUUUACUCGUUUCAGUUUUGUGAUAAAAUGUAUGAAUAUUUUCACCAUGUCUUAUUUUAAGGUGUAUGGUAUGUAUGUAGAGAUUUUGUUGACAGAUCACUGGUUCAAAAUGUGCAAAGAACUGUACUACAUUAUAAUAGUGCCUUCAGUAUUUUUGUGGGUUCUUUCUUACCAAGAAGCUUUGUGAAAGUGUGUGUGUGUGUUGGUGUUACUUCACUUCCGAAUAUUAUUGUUACAACCAAUAAUUGUAAUAGUAUAUUACUUAGCUCUUUGCUCUCAAAUUAAUCCUAUGCUGCAUAUUAGUAUGAUGUUGUGUGAUGGUUAUCUGUUGGUCAUUGCCAAAAGGAAUAAAUAUAGCUGCAAACCCUUUCCCGGGUAGCAGUUGUGACCAGUUAAACUGUGUGCUACACACUGCCAGAUUAAUAAGUAAUGAUGUACAUUGAUUUCCAUCUUCAAACCAGAUACAAAAAAUUAAUGUUCAUGAUAGUUUUAUGAAUACUGAAUUUAGAUAAACAAUUUAUAGGAAAAACUGAUUUCCAAUGUUGAAAAAGUAUUGAUGACACUAAAUGGCAACUAAGAGGAACUUUUAGAAAGUAUUUAUUGUUGGUAUUUGUAUACUAAAAUAGCUAAUUUAUUAGUGCAUUAUGCACCAAAUAUAUAUUCUGCUUGGUUAAAGAAAUACACAUUGAAUAUGAAAAUUAAGUGAAGUUCAAACCAGAAUUUAUUGGAUUAAAUGUACAAAAAGGCUCAAGAUCAAUGUAUAGAUUGAUCAAAAUAAAAAUAUGCACAAUGCUGUACUGUAUAUUACAAAAACCAAUUGUGUGUGCAUAUUGUGCAGGGAUGUGCUAAAGUAAAGGAAAGAAAUGGUAAAAAAAAAGUUGCACUUGGAUGCAUUAUACAACAUACUGUGUAUGAUGUAAAUUGUGCAUGGAUACAUCCUGCAAUAUGCCAUGUUGUCAGUUUCAGUUGGAUACAUCUUGCAACAUACCAUACUAUAAGUUGCACUUGAAUACAGCCAUCGAUAUGGAAUGCUGUAAAUAACACCGGAAUGCAACAUGCAGUGCUAUAAGUUGCACUUACAUGCAUCCUGUAACAUUAUAUCCUGUUAGUUGCACUUUGAUAUAUUUGCAACAUGAUUAACAUUACUGGAAACUUGUGUUCCUGUGUGCAUUGCACUGCAACACUGCUUGCCACUUCUAUGUUUUUCUCGUGUUGCAGUGAUAUCUGGAGCUUUGGUUGUGGUGCAGUGCUGUCUUAUCAAUUAGUAAUUCAGUAGAUGUGGACUAAUUAAGGAUAAAUUGGAGCAUUCCUUACCAGUAUUAAAAAAUCAUUGGGAUGUUUUAUCACCCAACUGGUUAUAAAAGCAUUUAUUAGUUCAAACCACAUGAUAUGUUAUUUUUAUUAUAACCAUUAUAUUGCAGUUUGCCUUGGAAUUUUAAGUAUAAUAAGCUGAAACUGUGUUACAUUCAAAGUAACCAAAGUUAUUCUUUUGUAAACAAGUUUCUUCCAAGAGAUAAUGAAAAUAGCUGACACAUGUGUGUUACUUCUGCUUGGAGACUUACACCCGUUAUUUCUUCAGGUGUCAAUCUAGCACUACCUCUUUACUGUAAUUUUAUUGCAAAAAUUUGCAAUUCGAGUAAGUACUGAAGUAACGCAAACAGGUUUCCCUAGAUUUUUAUAUUCUCCCUCGUGUAAGAAAAUGGUAACUACUGCAUGUAUGUGAUAGCAAAACAGUAUUAUCAGUUUAAUGUUUGAGGAACUCCAUAAAAGGUCUUCCAUCUCUAAAUGUGACUGAAAUGUCUAGGAAUGACUUGCACUGCAGCUAUUCCUACAUGGAUUGAGAGUUCCCUAAAGAAAACAAUGCCUAUAGGAGAAAUAUUAGAUAUAACUAAUAAACCACAAUAGUACUAAGACAACAGGUUUCCAUAAAGUACUGCAAUAUAAUGUGAUUUUUAUAGUAAAUUUGGGAUAUAUAUUUUUGUGUAGGUUUUGAAACGGUUGAUACUUUAACUACUGUUAUAAUAGUGUAACCAUUCAGGCUAGAAAAUAUUGUGCCUAUACUUGUUAUUGAUAAUAAUAUUCUUGUUACUGAUAUUAAUAGGCUUGAUAUUGAUAUUAGUAGGCAUGUUAUUAAUAUUGAUAUUAAUAGGCAUGUUUAUCAAUAGGCUUAUUGAUAUUAACCCUUCCACUGUGCGACACGACUGGGGUUCAUCUAGCGUAUUAUUAAUAACCUGUGCAAUAUGGCUCGAGAAGUAUUAAAGUACAGUGGAACCUCGGUUGCCGAAUUCCCCGCUUUACGAAAUUUUGGUAUAGGAGCUCAAUUUCUUUGUAAAAUUUGACUCGGUAUUUGAGGUUUGCCUCACUUCUCGAGUUGAUACACAUAUGGGUCUACCCACAAGUAAGGUGUGUGUCAGUUUGCCAGUGUGUCCCGCCUAGUGACGACCGCACUUGAAUUCUUUGUGAAGAAUUUUAUUGUUUUUGUGCUUUUUUGGUUUCUGAACAUGAAAGUAAUUACAGUAUUAUAUAUCAUGCCAUGGGUCCCAAGAAAGUCAGUGGUAAAGUUCAAC